AUGUCUGCCGAGGCUGCUGCAUCUCCCAUCCCCAUCCCCGAUCUUACCAAGAUCACCACCGAGGCCUGCGCCGAAGCCCUGAAGAACAGCAAGGGCUACGAGCAUGAUGCCGUCGGCACCUGGAACUCCGAGAUUAUUAACACCGUCCUCAAAGCUUUGAUCAGCGCUACCGCCCCCGAAGCCUCCAAGCCCCCUCCCUACCGCUUCACCGUGAACAGCACCAUUGUGCAGCAGGGCGUGAUUGACGAGACCGCUGCCGCCGAAGGCGCACUCAGCAACGCUGGCAAGCGGGGUAUGCACUCUGCCUCCGGUGCUUUCUGGGAUGUUAACAAGGAUGGCAUGUGGACUUUCAAGUACGAGGGUGCUGAGGACCGGGGUCUAGAUGUUGUUGUUUGCGUUACUUGGUUCUCGGUGGUAUAA